AUGCAGUGUGGAAAGCUCUUCAGAAAUAGAUCACCGCUCCUUCCUCACCAAAGGAUACACAGAGGGGAGAAACGGUUUGAAUGCUCAGAGUGUGGUAAGAGAUUUGGUCGGAGUAGCACUUUACAACGGCACCGAAAAACUCACACGGGGGAAAAACCUUUCGAAUGUUUAGAGUGCGGAAAGAGAUUCAUUGAGAGGAAGAAUCUUGAGCUGCAUCAGAGAACCCACACUGGGGAGAAACCUUAUGAAUGCUCAGAGUGUGGUAAGAGAUUCAGUUGGAGUACCGCUCUUCAACUGCACCGAAGAACCCACACAGGGGAGAAACCUUUUGAAUGCUCAGAGUGUGGAAAGAGAUUCAGACAGAGUGGCACUCUUCAACGUCAUCAAAGAACCCACACGGGGGAGAAACCUUUUGAAUGCUCAGAGUGCGGAAAGAGAUUCAUUGAGAGGCAGAAUCUUCAGCAGCAUCAGAGAACCCAUACAGGGGAGAAAUUUGAAUGCUUAGAGUGUGGAAAGAGAUUCAUUGAGAAGAAGAGUCUUCAGCGGCAUCAGAAGAGAACCCACGCCGGGGAGAAACCUUAUGAAUGCUCAGAGUGUGGUAAGAGAUUCGGUUGGAGUAGCACUCUUCAACGGCACCGAAGAACCCACACGGGGGAGAAACCUUUUGAAUGUUCAGAGUGUGGAAAGAGAUUCAUUGAGAGGCAGAAACUUCAGUGGCAUCAGAUAACCCAUACAGGGGAGAAACCUUUUGAAUGCUCAGAGUGCGGAAAGAGAUUCAUUGAGAGGAGGAGUCUUCAGCUGCAUCAGAAGAGAACCCACACUGGGGAGAAACCUUAUGAAUGUUCAGAGUGUGGUAAGAGAUUCGGUUGGAGUAGCAGUCUUCGACGGCACCGAAGAACCCACACGGGGGAGAAACCUUUUGAAUGCUCAGAGUGUGGAAAGAGAUUCAGAUGGAGGGUCUGUCUUCGACGGCACCAAAGAGCCCACACAGGGGAAAAACCAUAUGAAUGCUCAGAGUGUGGAAAGAAAUUCAGUCGGAACAGCCAUUUUCAGCGGCAUAAGGGAACCCACACAGGGGAGAAACCUUUUGAAUGCUCAGAGUGUGGAAAGAGAUUCACUCAGAGCUACCAUCUUCAGCGGCAUCAGAGAACCCACAGAGCGGGGGGACCUUUUGAAUGCUCAGAGUGUGGAAAGAGAUUCAGUCGGAGUGGCCAUUUUCAGCGGCAUCAAAGAAUCCACCAAGAGAAAAAAACCCUUUGAAUGCUCAGGGUGUGGAAAGAAAUAUAGUUUGGGUUGCCAUCUUCAACAGGAUCUAAGAACCCACAUGGAAGA